UCAGUGGCUGCGGAAACAAAGGACUAAAGAUAAGAGAAAAUACUCUCAGCAGUGACCCGGGAAUCGGGGUUUCAUACCCAUCGGAAGAGAAAUGGCGGAUACACAAAGGUUCCGGAUCUGCAAAAAGAGAGUCCAGUUGUAUUUAAUGUUGGCUACCGUUUGGGAGGCGGUUUCUGGGCAAAUUCGCUAUUCGAUUCCCGAGGAAAUGCAGAAAGGCUCCAUUGUGGGGAAUAUCGCAAAGGAUCUGGGGUUGGAUAUAAAGGCGCUAACACAUCACGGAGUCCUCAUUGUUUCCACAGGUAGGACUCAGUAUUUUGCUUUGAAUCUUAAGAGCGGCCAUUUAAUCACCACAGAAAGGAUAGACAGAGAGCAAAUCUGUGGCCGGAUCGAGAAGUGUCUCUUAAUUUUUGAGGUUCUUAUUGAGGAUAAAGUUAAGCUUUUCGCAGUUGAAGUUGAAAUCACAGAUAUUAAUGACAAUACUCCCACCUUCCAAGCGAAGGAGUUCGAGUUAAAAAUUAGUGAGAUUACAGCUGCGGGGACCCGUAUUUCCCUGCAGGAGGCGCAGGAUCCAGAUGUGGGAAUUAAUUCCAUCCAGAGCUAUCAACUGAGUAAUAACAAACACUUCUCUCUGGAUGUGCAAACUGGAUCUGAUGGUGUUAAAUAUGCGGAACUAGUGCUGGAAAAGUCUCUGGACCGGGAAACGCAGACUGUCCAUAAAUUAACUCUCACGGCAGCUGACGGGGGAGAUCCAGUCAGAUCUGCCAUUGCUCAGAUCAGUGUUCUGGUUGUGGACGUCAAUGACAAUGCUCCGCUUUUUACUCAGCUGGUCUAUAAAGUGAGUGUUUUGGAAAACACGCCUCGAGGGUCCUUGAUAAUUACAAUACACGCCACUGACCGUGAUGAAGGACAGAAUUCUGAGGUGACCUUUUCAUUUAGAAAAAUUACAGAAAAGGCGUCUCAGAUAUUCCAGCUUCACCCUAGGACAGGAGAAAUAUCAACGAUAGGUGACCUGGACUACGAGGAAGCUGCAUUAUAUGAAAUGGAAGUGGAGGCAAAGGAUAUUGGAGAUCUCUCCGCCAGGUGUAAAGUUCUGAUAACGGUUAUUGAUGUAAAUGAUAAUACCCCGAAAAUUGCAAUCACUUCCCUGUUCAACUCAGUCUCUGAAGAUUCUCCCCCCGGAACAGUAAUCUCGAUAUUAAAUUUGCGAGACGGAGAUUCCGGCCAGAAUGGUGAGGUCACGUGCUCCAUACCAGCCAACCUUCCAUUCCGGUUACAGAAGUCAUUUGGCAAUUACUACAGUUUAGUGACUGACACAUCACUGGACAGGGAGCGUAUCUCGAAAUACAGUGUAACUAUCACAACCACAGACCGAGGGACUCCUCCUUUAUCCUCAACAACAACUAUUUUAGUUCAGCUUUCAGACAUAAACGACAACGCUCCUAUCUUCAGCCAGACAUCCUACACGUUGCACAUCACAGAGAACAAUCCCAGAGGAGCUUCCCUUUGUUCCCUGAAAGCGAAUGAUUCAGACUUGGAGGAGAACGCCCGAGUCACCUACUCUAUUAAUGAAGGACAUAUAAAUGAAGCUCCGCUCUCGUCCUACAUCUCCAUUAACUCCGAGACUGGGGCUCUCUACGCUCUGCGCUCCUUCGAUUACGAACAGUUCCGGGAGAUUCGGUUCCAAGUGCAGGCUCAGGAUGGGGGUUCCCCACCUCUCAGCAGUAAUGUCUCCGUCACUCUCUUUAUACUGGAUCAGAAUGACAACAGCCCGCACAUCUUACACCCCUCCUUUCCCACCGAUGGCUCCACGGGAGUGGAGUUGGCCCCUCGCUCCUCCGAGCCGGGUUACCUGGUCACUAAGGUGGUGGCGGUGGAUGCAGACUCCGGGCAGAACGCCUGGCUCUCCUACCAGCUGCUGAAGGCUACAGAGCCGGGACUCUUCUCUGUGGGACUCCACAGCGGCGAGAUCAGGACGGCGCGCUACUUUCUCGACAAAGAUGCGCUCAAGCAAAGUCUGGUGGUUUUAGUGAAGGACAACGGGCAGCCUCCUCUCUCUGCCACGGCCACUGUCACGGUGGUGGUGGCUGACAGCAUCCCCGAAAUCCUCUCCGAUUUAAGCAGCCUCUCAGCUCCUGCAGACCCCCAGUCCAGCCUCACCUUGUAUUUGGUGAUCGCUGUGGCUUCCGUUUCCUGCUUGUUCUUUACCUUUAUCAUAGUGUUAAUGGCCCUGAGGCUCCGCCGGUGGAGAAACUCGCAGCUGUUUGACUCCUCGAGUGUGACUUUCAGUGGAGUUCCCGUCUCGCAGUUUGUGGGGCUCGAUGGAGUCAGAGCUUUUCUUCGCUCCUACUCACAUGAGGUUUCUCUCACCACGGACUCCAGAAAGAGCCAGUUCAACUUUCCCAAAUCAAACUAUGCAAAUACUCGGACCAGUGAUCAGACGUAUAUGAUAAAGGAUCCUAUUCUAGUUACUGAAGAUUUAAACAUUAGUAACGGGGAUCUGACCUCCAUUCAGGUGAGCUAA